AUGUCCGACGAAGAGACGCUCACGACGAGCCACUGCCUCCCAUUCAUCUCUCUUACAGAACCCAUCGAAGUCAGCGAACUGAGAUCAGACGGCUUCACCGACGCCUCCGCGUUUUUCCAAUGGCCGUUUCCUAGCCCACUCUUAUUUGUAAAUGAGUCUAGCGAUGCGCGGGAUCACUGUGCCAACGAAAGAACCUUCCUUUCGUAUCUUCGCCUGUCUAUAUACAUGGCUAUUGUGUCUGUCGCCAUCACCGUAUCAUUCCACAUCAAGGGCACGCCUAGCGAUCUUGAACGCCGGGUGGCGAAACCGCUCGGUGGCAUCUUCUGGGUACUAUCUGUGAUAACGUUGGUUCUAGGCGUGGGGAACUAUAUAAGAACUGUCAAUAUGUAUGGCAAAAGAGCUGCCAUUGUGCAAUCUGGUUGGAAGACACAAGUAGUUUUGGGUGGAAUCGCCUUUUCUAUUAUCGGAACGUGCAUUAUACUCCUUGUCAUAGACAAAGUACGCCAAAAAUGA